CUAGAGUCACGGGGUGUUUCCUGCUGAACCUGAGCGUCUCCUCCAAGCCACAUCAGUCAGUCCCUCAAAAUCUUUCCUUCUGGGUCUUACCCAGAAAUAAAUUCUUGGUAGACGGUAUAAAAGACCAGCUCCUCCAAGCAGAAAAACUCCUCUGGCUGCCACAGGAGGCCAAGGCACUCGGCAGCGAUGUGGGUCCUUUUCCACCUCCCAGCCCUUUUGGCUUCCGUGACCUUGUUCCAGCUUGCAGAAUCUGACACAAAUGAUCAGGCCACCUGCACCUCUGCCAUCUCUGAUGCUGUGAAUCAGGUCAAGAUCCAGGUCAACAAGGCCUUCCUGGAUUCCCGGACCAGGCUGAAGAUGGCCAUGAGCUCCGAGAGGCCCACCACCCGACAGUUCUCGGAAUACCUCAAGCACGCCAAGGGCCGGACCCGCACAGCCAUCCGCUGCGGGCAGGUGUGGGAGGAGUCCUUAAAGAGACUGAGGCAGAAAGCGACCCUGACCAAUGUCACAGAUCCUAGCCUGGACUUGACCGCCCUCUCUUGGGAGGUGGGCUGUGGUGCCCCAGUUCCUUUGGCGAAGUGUGACCUGAACAGCCCUUACCGCACCAUCACGGGAGACUGUAAUAACAGGAGGAAUCCCGCGCUGGGCGCGUCCAACAGGGCGCUGGCGCGCUGGCUGCCAGCGGAGUACGAGGACGGGCUCUCCCUGCCCUUCGGCUGGACGCGGGGGAAGAAGCGGAACGGCUUCCCUCUCCCGCUGGCCCGUGAAGUAUCCAACAAGAUUGUAGCCUACCUGAAUGAAGAGGGUGUUCUGGACCAAAACAGGUCCCUGCUGUCUAUGCAGUGGGGUCAAAUCGUGGACCACGACCUGGACUUUGCCCCCGACACAGAGCUGGCGAGCAGCAAGUACUCCAAAGCACAGUGCGAUGAGCACUGUAUCCAGGGAGACAACUGUUUCCCCAUCAUGUUCCCGCGCAAUGACCCCAAGGUGAAGACUCAAGGGAAAUGCAUGCCUUUCUUCCGAGCCGGGUUUGUCUGCCCCACUCCACCGUACCAGUCGUUGGCCCGAGAGCAGAUCAACGCACCGACCUCCUUCCUGGAUGCCAGCUUAGUUUACGGCUCUGAGCCCACCCUGGCCAGCCGCCUCCGGAACCUCAGCAACCCGCUGGGCCUCAUGGCCAUCAACCAGGAGGCCUGGGACCACAGGCUGGCCUACCCGCCCUUUGUCAACAAGAAGCCGAGCCCCUGUGAGUUCAUCAACACCACUGCCCGCGUGCCCUGCUUCCUGGCGGGAGAUUCCCGAGCCUCAGAGCAGAUCCUGCUGGCCACUUCCCACACCCUCCUUCUCCGAGAGCACAACCGGCUGGCCAGAGAACUAAAGAGACUCAACCCUCACUGGGAUGGAGAGAAGCUCUACCAGGAAGCCCGGAAAAUCCUGGGAGCCUUCAUGCAGAUUAUCACCUUUAGGGACUACCUACCCAUUGUGCUAGGUGAUGAGAUGGAGAAGUGGAUCCCUCCAUACCAAGGCUAUAACAAAUCUGUGGAUCCCCGAAUUUCCAAUGUCUUCACCUUCGCCUUCCGCUUUGGCCACUUGGAGGUCCCCUCCACUGUAUUCCGCCUGGAUGAGAAUUAUCAGCCAUGGGGUCCAGAAGCAGAGCUCCCCCUGCAUACCCUCUUCUUCAACACCUGGAGGAUAGUCAAAGAUGGUGGAAUUGACCCCCUGGUGCGGGGCCUGCUGGCCAAGAAGUCCAAAAUGAAGAAACAGGAUAAGAUGAUGACUGGUGAGCUGCGCAACAAGCUUUUCCAGCCCACUCACAAGAUCCACGGCUUUGACCUGGCUGCCAUCAACAUACAGCGUUGCCGGGACCAUGGGAUGCCUGGGUACAACUCCUGGAGAGGCUUCUGUGGCCUCUCACAGCCCCAGACGCUGAAGGAGCUGCACGCCGUGCUGAAGAACAAGGUGCUGGCUGAGAAGUUACUGGAUCUCUAUGGGACCCCUGACAACAUUGACAUCUGGAUAGGGGGCAAUGCUGAGCCCCUGGUAGAAAGGGGCCGGGUGGGGCCUCUCCUGGCCUGCAUCCUGGGGCGGCAGUUCCAGCAGAUCCGCGAUGGAGACAGUAUCAUGGAUGAAGAAACUGAAGCUCAUGAGGGUUAAUCUGCAUAGCUAAGAUGUGGCAGAUGCAUGUUUGGAUCCCAAAUCUGCCAACGCUUGGCCUCACCGACGUGCAGGACUGCCUACCUGGACCAUGGCUCCCACGAUCUUUCGGGCUUCCUGAUAGAGCCUCUCUCCAUUCCAGCGGGGGUUCAGCCUCUUCAGCUUUGUGGCCAGCCGGUUGUGCUCCCGCAAAAAGAGCGUGUGCAUGGAGGUGAGCUCAGGCAUCUCACUCGAGCGGGAGUCCCCUUGGGGAAGAGAAGGCUACUGUCAAUCCUCAGACCUCCCUCCCCGAAAGGACUUGCUCCCGUGAAACUCCCUCCCAAGCCAAGACUUUAAAUGCCUCGUGCCCAGCCCUCCUUUCCACCAUCUUUCCACGCUAUGCUCAGCUUACACCUCCUCUAGGAGGCCUCCGUUGAUGCCCUGGUCCACCAUAAUAGCUCCUCCUCUCUUUAGCAGCACGGCGGGUCAGAGAGACUCGUUCACUAAGCAUCAGAUCUGACACAAGACUUGCCAUCUUCCCAUACCUGAGACUGGUAGCACCUUGAGGACAAGGACCAUGGCUUGUGCCUUUUGGUGUCUGACCCUCCCACCCAACGUACACAGAGACACACGGAUUUAACACAGAGACUGGUACAAAAUAGGAGAUACAUGAACACUGUUUGAUUGACUUAUUGUCUUGAUUCAGGGAAGGCCAAAAAGUAGCAUGCAUGUUGGCUCUCCCUAUUUUCCUGUUCCCGUGAGACACAGCGAAUGAUCACAGCCCUCUCUCCUGCUAAAAUUGGAUGCAACCUCAGAAUCCUUCUUAACACAGGACUCUGAGCCACGAACAUCUGCUCAGAGCUGCCAUCCCCACCUUACUGCAUGCUAAUUGUGCAGCCUACUCAGGGGAGGAGCCAGGGCACAGUCCACACGUGAGACUGUUCAAAAGAACCAAGUGAGACCCUCUGAUCCCUCUAGUCCUCCCCUCAACCUGCUCUGGAAGGACCAGAGGGUUAGGGACAGGCCCAUUUCUGCAGGACACUGGGUUCAGUCCUCCCCAGCUCUAAAGGAAGGAAAUUCUCUGAGAGCAGCUUUUCCUUCCCACAACUUGACAGAGGUCAUGACCAUGCAGGCUGGGAACAUGUGGCCCAACACCAUGUGGAAGCCGAGGACUGCUGCUCUCCCCCCACUAGCCCAGAAAAGCCCCCCCUGGUGUUGACCUUGAUUCUCCUUUCCACAGGCCCUGACUUUGAUUCUCCUCCCCAGGACCCAACCACGAGAAGCCACCAGGAGGAGAGUUUGGGAGGCCAGAGAGAAGGGCCUCAGACCCACUGUUGGGUUGCAGUUAAAAACACUGUAAAAUUUCUGGGCACGGCCACCGUCACUGCCCUAACCAUAUCCCCAGGACUGCCAGUUGUUUAAAUCGAAAAUCCCACCCUAUCUUAUUACAGGGAAUUAAGGUGGAUAGGUGAUGAUGUUCUGGAGCAGCUCUGUCCAAUAGAACUUUCUGCAUAGAUGAAAUGGCCUACAGUUGAGCUGUCCUACAUGGAAGCCACUUGCCUAUGAGGCUAUUGAGCACUUGGAACAUAGCCAGUGCAGCGGAGGAAACGUGCUUUUACUUUAAGUUAAUUUAAAUUCACUUACACGCAAAUGAAAAUAGCCAUGUGUGGCUAGUGGCUACCAUAUUGGAUACUGUGAUUCUAGAAGGGGAGGGUGCCAUGAUGCUCUCUGUGCCUUGAGUUCCCUGUCCCUGGAAGUCCUCUCUCCCAGAGUCCAAAGGAAAAGAAAGCAACGGAGAAAGGGCUGGACAGAUGGACAGAGGCUCCCUGGCCAUCCCUGAGUCUCCUUCUUAGGCUUGGGUUUUUUGUUUUUGUUGGUAUAGGGGUUUCGUUUUGGUUUUGCCUUUCUGGUUCCAUCCAACUUGUUACCAAGGCAACUGGAUUAAUAUCGUGAAGUUGGUGAGGACAGUCUCUCUCUAAGUGCAAACAGAGGCCCUCUGUGGCUCCAGCAGGGGGCACCCCUGUGUCCGCCCAGGUUCCUGCCCAGGACUGACCUGCCAGGAAGCAGCGGAUGCGCGCAGAGCGGUUGGUGAGGAGGCAGGGGUCAUGGUGCAAGGUAUCGAAGGGCAGCAGGGCCCGGCCGUUGUCGCGGAAGCGGGUGUUGACGGCCAGCAGCCCCAGCUGGUUGGUCUGGUUGCGCAGCUUCAAGGCCAAGGGGUCCUCGCUGCCGUACACCAUGCUGGCGUCCACGAAGGACGUGAGCGUGUUGAUCUGGUUGCGGAUGGUGAUGUUGCCCCCUGUGCAGGCGGGGCUGGAGCGGAAGAAGGGGAGGCAGUCACGUCGGUUCUUGAUGCGGGGGUCAUUGGGCGGGAUCUGCAGCACAGAGAGAGGCCCGGCGGGCUCGCCGAGGGCAGGGACAGAGGUCAGCAGUGGCUCUCCCCCGUCCACCAUCCCGCAGGCCUCAAUUCCCACCUCGGAAGCAGCCUGGAGCUCAGGACCAGAAGGGAGGGCAGCCCAGACACUAAAGUGGAGGUCCUCUCAGCCCCCUCAGCGGGCAGGAAGGCCUCUCAAGGCCCCCAAGGGAUGAGCCUGAGGUUCCACCCGCAGAGCGCCUCUGAGCUGGACAGGUGAUGACUAGGACGCUGAUGUGGGGGAUGUGGGGCCCCCUGGAGGGGGGCUGGCCAGUCCUCUGACCCCUCCCCCCAAGCCUCCUUUCUCUCCUCUUUUCUGUCUUUGGUCCUCCCUCCUCUGUUCUCUGAAUCUGGCCUCUGUACUUUCCGUGGGCCUCCUCUUCCUUCUCCUUUCCUCUCCUGUCUCUGUCUCUUCCCUGCCGCUUUCCUGGCUCUCACUCUGACCCCUGUCUCUCUCUCCCCUCUCUCGGAUCCUCCUUCCUUCUCUCCUCCUCUACCUACUCUGCACAUGCCUCAGCCGGGGAGUCCACUCUCAACCUUGCUCCAACCCCACAGCCCAGGCUUUCUGUGAUAUGGGCUUGGGGAGAGGGGGCCCCUGAGUGCACACAGAGGUUUGAGGGACAGAGGGAAG